UCCUACUACUACUAAUACUACUGCCCUUUACUCAACCUUCACGAAGCCACUAGAGCCGGGAAGCGGUCCCUCUCAUACCGCCACUUUAGUGCUGGAUCCUCCGGCCUCGUUUCCCAUUCGAAGCAGCCCGGCGACAAGCUGGAGAUGGAUGAGACCGCCUUUGGCCGGAAUCUCAGAAAGACGUUUUGAAUAUCUCACUCCAUCGCCGACCUGAGCUUUCCCACAUUUUCACCCUGCCCCUGUGGAUCAUUCCAAGUCUCAAGGCGUCCACCGCAGCAACAAUGUCCAAAACACAGACGAUGACGAAAGCUCCUCCCGCGAGGGCAUCUCACGUCCAGGACGGCCCGUCAGCGCCGGCCGAGACGUUCGAGCUGAGCCUGAAGACGCCGACCAAGUCGCUUCGCGAACUCACCCGGCGGGUCGUCCAGGGCGGCAAGGCGUCCUUGCCAACGGGGGGCGCGCAAGGCUCGUCGGACGACGACGACAACGACGAAGAAGACACGGUCCGCGACGAGGUCCCUCCGCCGGUGACGGCCCAGCCGGUCGUCCAGCGCUGGAACAAGCCCCGGGGAAACAUUGGCCGGCUGGGAUUCGCCUUCUUCUCGUUUAUCGUCACGGGUCUCAACGACGGUGCUGUGGGAGCCCUCAUCCCCUACCUCGAGACGUACUACCACCUGAAUUACACCACCGUGUCCCUGAUCUUCCUCACGCCCUUCGCAGGCUACUCGCUCGCCGCGUUUACCAAUGCCACCAUCCACACGAAACUCGGCCAGAGAGGGAUCGCCGUCCUCGCCCCGCUGUGCCACAUCGCGACCUACGCAGUACUGUCGGCCCACCCUCCCUUCCCGGCAUUGGUCGUGAUCAACACCGUUUCCGGCUUUGGUAAUGGACUCACCGACGCUUGUUUCUGCGCGUGGAUUGGAGCCAUGGACAAAGCCAAUGCGGUACAAGGGUGCCUUCACAGUUUCUACUCGGUAGGGGCGCUGAUUGCCCCGCUGAUUGCGACCUCCAUGGUUGUCCAUGCGAAGCUGCCCUGGUACACGUUCUAUUACUUCAUGACUGGCGCUUCAGCCCUGGAAUUCGUCGGUCUCAGUAUGAUGUUCUGGCACAAGACGGGCGAAGUGUAUCGGAUCGAACACCCACGAGAUACUGAGGCCUCGGGAGGCCGCACGAGAGAAGCGCUCAAAUCCAAAAUCACCUGGAUCUGCUCGGCAUUCUUCUUCACGUACAUGGGCAUCGAAGUCGGUCUCGGGGGCUGGAUCGUGACAUUCAUGCUCCGUGUCCGCUCCGCCUCGCCAUCAGCGUCCGGCUAUUCGGGCACGGGCUUCUGGGCAGGCAUGGCCCUGGGCCGCGCUUCUCUGGGCUUCGUCACCGAGCGCUUUGGCGAGCGCCUCUGCAUCACCAUCUACCUCGCGCUGUGCCUCGCCCUGCAGCUGAUCUUCUGGCUGGUCCCGAAAUUCAUCGUCUCCGCCGUCGCCGUCGCCUUCCUCGGCUUCUUCCUCGGCCCCAUGUUCCCCGGCGGCGUGAUGAUGGCCGCGAAGCUGCUGCCCAAGCACAUCCACGUCAGCAGCAUCGGCUUCGCGAUGGCGCUGGGAGGAACGGGCGGGACGGUGUUCCCCUUUGCCAUCGGCGCCAUCGCGGCGAGCAAAGGAGUCAAGGUGCUGCAGCCGAUCAUCCUGGCACUGAUCAUCGUGCUUUUAGGGCUGUGGCUGAGCUUUCCGAGGGUGAAGAAGAGGGAGUAACGACUCCCCUCUCUAAGAGUUUUGUACUCGACGGAAAGAUGGAAGUAAUGUCCAAGAAGACGACCCAGAGGCAUCCAGGGCGCAAACUCACGUGCGUUGACGAGACCAUCCACGCGUCCUUCACUCAACCCACUUCCCAAGGUUUUACUCUGCAUCCUUCCUCCAUUAUACUUGGCCACAUCAUCGCAGGAAGUGCCUCACCCCAGCCGACGAAAGGCUGGGGCUUCUCAAACCGCUGCACCGCCAUCCCCCCAGCAGGGUACUAUAACUUUUCUCACCCUCCGCCUGCCCCUGCUGCUGCGCCGUGACAACAUAAGGCUAUGACCUGCAAAUAUUGCCGAAGGGAAAAGGUACGCAUGACGUGUCUAGGCGCAAAGCCAGUCAACAAUGACAACAUCUGAUGCUUCAGGAGUUGCGGUGCGCAGGCUUCGACACGUCUCCCACGGGCCGCCGUCACCACUACGUACGAUUUAACCAUGAGCGCGCGUUCGUCACAUUCGAGAGAGAAAAAUAAGAAAGCUUAGCAACAACAUAGAACAAAAACACCUGCAGGAAAGCAGAAGGCAUAGAGGAGGCGGGAAACAGCUCUGAUCCCAUGCCUGAGCGGACUCGGCUUACAUUGGAUAAUACUGCAGAGCAAUAUCUCAGCGUCGAGACCGCGCCUCCCAAGUCCAACUCCGCCCAUCUCGGUGACAAUCCAGUCUGGGAGUACGACGCGAAGUAGACGUGGGAAUUUAUGGUUGCGGAUACAACAGUCGCCCCUGUCAGUCGCACGGUUCGCCCAGUUCCUGAUUCUUGUUCGAAUUGCGACCACAAAGCAUGCCUACUCUGUGUUUUGCAGUAAUAGGGUAUUCAACGAGUAGAAUAAAAUAUCACUUUUGCACAUUUCCCAGCGUCGAUGACUCCAUUUUCUCCUGGUGAAA